UACAGCCAAAGCGCAAUGUUAGGGUGGACUUCGUUGUUAUCGCGUAGCCUACACCCCCUCUCUCUCUACCUCUCUCUCUCUCUCUCUCUCUCUCUCUCUCUGCCCGUCUCUCCCCCCUCGUUCUACUUCCCAUCUCUUCCUUAAUCCCAUUUGCCAUUGUACAUGCCCAAUCGCCGUAUACUUUCCGCAUUUAACUUGGAUGACAUUUUUAUUUCAUCAUUAGCAUCCGGCGCCAGACUGACGCGGUGGACACAGUUGCAUUUUGACUAAGGAGCGCACAAGACUUGGAUGCAAUAUCGAUAUUAUUUUGUUCUCUCUGAAGAAUAUUUACUUUUCUGAUGUGUAUUUUAUUUUUGUCGUUCUCGAUCAUUUGGUAAUCAAGACGAUAUUCCUAAUUUAAAACAUCGCAAAGAAGGACAAUUACCAGUCUUCUAUUUGAAUAAUAUCGCUGUUUCUAAGUCAUUUAACACUUAAAUUUGUGGUCUAAGGCAUUAGGACCACAACCUCCAAGCAGCAAUGCCCGAGACGGCGCAAGAGACGUGCACUCCGGUGAAAGACUCUCCCUUCUUCAUUAAGAACUUGCUGAACUGUGAUAGUAAACCAUCCAAACCCAAGCCCAUCUUCGCCUCGGCAAAGGUUGCUUUUGAAGGGGGCUUUUCUCUAUCCCAGGUCGGGGACUUCAACUUUCCUCGCUUUGAGUUACCCACACAGAGGUUUGCCUUACCGGCGCACUAUCUGGAGCGAGCCUCAGCAUGGUGGUAUCCCUACACACUCAGUGCAGCCAGUCAUCUACACAGAACCGAAGUUGCGGAGAAGGCAAGAGCAAGAGACUCCUCUCCAACCUCGUGCACGGAUCGCGACUCGCCAGACCUGGUGCUCAAAUCUGACCCAGACAGCAAAGAAGACGAGGACAACAAAAGUGGGGAUGAAAUAGUUCUUGAAGAGAGUGAUCCUGAGGACACAAAGAAAGACAGUGGGGUAGACGACUGGAAGAAAAACGAGGACGGUGGGGACAAGAAAGCAUGUCGAAAAAAGAAAACACGCACAGUGUUCUCCCGGAGUCAGGUGUUUCAGCUCGAGUCCACCUUUGACAUGAAACGCUACUUGAGCAGUUCGGAGAGGGCCGGAUUGGCAGCGUCUUUGCACCUGACAGAGACACAGGUAAAGAUUUGGUUCCAGAACAGAAGAAAUAAAUGGAAGAGGCAGCUUGCCGCUGAACUAGAGGCUGCCAAUCUGAGCCACGCCACUGCACAGAGGAUAGUGCGAGUGCCCAUCCUCUACCACGAGAACUCUGCCUCAGAGACUGGCAGUGCGACCGGGAACGUGCCUGUGAGCCAGCCGCUCCUCACCUUCCCUCACCACCUCUAUUACUCUCACCCAAUCGUCACCUCUGUGCCGCUACUCAGACCGGUCUGAAAAACAAGAGGUUGUUGUCUAUAUUCCUAACUCGUACAGAACACUACACAAUACAAACUAAAACAAUAUUUUUGUAAAGAAUAAAAAUACAAAUAAAAAAGAGAGCCAUGCUUUCUGUCAGAGGACCUAUUGCGCAUUUUUAUAUUAGACUGCAGUUUACAUUUUCUCUGGUAUAAUUUCACACUAUUAGCAUAUUGUUAUUAUUAAUAUUACAAGUAUUCUUCUAAUUAUUGUUAUAAUAAUAAUUAUAAUUAGGUCUAUUAUUAUUAGGCCUUUUGUUAUUAUAGCAGCUUUGAGAUCAUUUCCGCUAAGACUAUCCAGUUCACACUGCCCCAAAUUACAUUUCAGCAAGCCUGUUUUCCCCGCGCAGAACCAUAACAUUCAGGAAAUUACAUUGGAGUUAAUUUUGUUCAAUUUCCAUUUACAACGUGUGUUAUGACAAUUCGGUAACAUUGGUUUGUUUUCUAUCGGACAAUGUGAUUUUUGAUAUGGGCAAUACUGUAAGCACUAGCAUUUGACCCCAAGUUAUGCGAUAGACCCAUUCAAUUCAUUGUGUUUUCUCUUUGCUCAGCUAUUUAGGAAUGAAUAUCGGACAGAUUAUCGAACGGGCUUAUUUUUUCUUGACUUUUUUUUAAACUUAAAGCGCUUUAGCAGCGGACAAUCAAGAUACAUUGUUUUAUGUACAAUAUAAUUGUAGCUUAUAGGCUUAUUGUUUUUAUGUACUGAUUCUCAUUUCUGCUUGCUCGACAAUGUCCCUAUAGCACAACUAAGAAUUGAAUGUCAUUGCCUUUUGUGUUUUUGAAACUUGAUUAUGGUGUACAAAUGUAUAUGGAUAUAUUGAAUCGAGUCAAUGAAAGAAGCUACCAGGUGAUGCUAUUCCUUUGUACAGAAAAACACGUUUUGAUAUUGUAUUGCUGAAUUAUGUUGUGAAAUAAAUGGAGGUUAUUCCAUAUUUAAAUAUUUCAAAUCAGUGCGUACUCAAGCAUGCACAAUGAUGUAAUGAGGUGUAGUCUACAUAUGCCUCAGGCAUCUAUUUAAAAAUGUCUAAUAUUGCCUGUUUGCCUCCCAAACAAAUUAGGCAAUUGUCGACUUUCAAAACGUCUUCAUGAACAGGAUUUAUUGUUGCAUAAUGAAAAUGAAUAUAAAUAAACAAACAAUACAACUUUC